GAGGAGGCGCACAGAGGAUUAGCAGCAGGAGGAGGUGACGAUGAUGGAGGCCAGCUUUGACACUGAGGAGAGCUUUGACGACCCCUCCUGUCUCGCCCCGCAGCCCCCCGGCUCCGUGUCGCCGGCCAAGAGGCAGAUCAAGGAGGUCAAGGAGACCAAGACCACGAUCAACUGUGUUACGUUCCCUUUGCCUGGAGAAGGUCCGGAGCAGCAGCUCCUGAAGCCCAACGAUUGGAGCUACUGCGAUUAUUUCUGGGCUGACAAGAAGGACCCACAGGGGACCACCCAUGUGACGGGCUUCGAGGUUCUUCUGCAGAAGCAGCUGAAGGGGAAGCAGCUGCAGAAAGAGAUGGCUGAGUUUAUCCACGAGAGGAUAAAGAUUGAGGAGGAAUAUGCCAAAAACCUGUCCAAACUGUCCCUGAGCCCGCUGGCAGCGCAGGAGGAGGGGACUCUUGGAGAAGCCUGGACUCAGCUGAAGAAGAGCCUCCACGAUGAAGCCGAAGUUCACCUCAAGUUCUCCAACAAGCUCCACUCCGAGGUGGAGAAACCACUGCUGACCUUCAGAGGAGACAACUUCAAGAAGGACCUGAAGAAGUUCGACCACCACAUCGCCGACCUCAGGAAGCAGCUGGCCAGCCGCUUUGCCGGCGUGGAAAAGGCCCGUAAAGCCCUGGCGGACCGGCAGAAGGACCUGGAAGUGAAGACGCAACAGCUGGAGAUCAAACUCAGCAACAAGACCGAGGAGGACAUCAAGAAGGCACGACGGAAAUCCACACAAGCAGGGGACGACCUGAUGCGUUGCGUGGACCUCUACAAUCAAACCCAGUCCAAGUGGUUUGAGGAAAUGGUCACGACCAGCAUGGAGCUGGAGAAAUUGGAGGUGGAGCGGGUCGAAUGGAUCCAGCAGCACCUGCGUCAGUACACGACUCUGCGGCACGAAACGGACAUGUUCAACCAGAGCACGGUGGAGCCGGUGGACCAGCUGCUUCAGGGCGUGGAUCCAGCCAAAGACAGGGAGCUGUGGGUGAAAGAGAACAAAACCAGCGAGGUCCGGCCCGUGGACAUGGACAUAUAGACGGUCCCCACCUGGUACCAGGAUUACCACACGUCCACAGAACUUAUCAUGGUUGGUGCAUGUUCAGACCUGAGGCGCACUCAUCCUCUCUGACUGGAAUCACAAGGACCAGAAGGUCCAGAAGAGUUCAGGAAACGGGUCAAAGUACCAGCAUGUUCCCCUGUCAUAACCAACAUGAGCUUACUGAAUGCCAUUACUCUAGUACUCUACUGUUCACUAUUGUAAAUUAUUUAAAAAAGAAUUCAGUGUCUUUUAAACUCUAAUUUAGCUUUUCAUGUUUGAGCAAAUCAAACAAACAGAAAACUGACAUCUGGUUCUUGACCUUUAUUUUAGAUACAGAUGAUGAAGCACACCCAGAUGUAACGAUGAAUAUAUUUUCAUAUUUUUUUGUUUUGCUUUGCUGUUCCAUUUUGGUGGAAAUGCAUGUUUUGGACAUGAAAGCUGCCUGGUCUGUGGAAACCUGAUGGUCGUUUCGUGUCUUUGGUUGAAUUUGCACACGUUGAUACCUUGUAUUUAAUUUAGCAACUUCCUCAAAGAUUCUCUCUCUAUAAAAAAAAAUAAAAAAAUAAAAACAUGUACAGCUUUAAAUCCGGUAACCUCACUGAUUCAGAACUCUCUCAGUGUUUUGGAGUCGAUUCUUAGCGGAUCAGAUUUAGGCCAGGGUCCAUUUGGGAUCAGUCUGGAGUAAAAAAAGGUGGUCCAAGUUACGCUGAAACACCUUUUAGUGCCUAACGGUUAAUAUAUCUGGAAUGUCCUCGAUAUAUUCUCUGCAUCCGUGUACAUUUGUACAUAUUGGCUGGAUGUAUUUUGCCGAGCCGCAGACCAGCAAGUGUUUGCACUGUACUCUGUUGUUGGUUUUGUUUUCCGUGAACGUGCAGGGAAUAGUUUUAUGGCGGUGUUUAAUCAAAUUGUGUGUUGACAAAGAAAAAGAAAAGAAAAGGAAAAGCCUUCGUUUUUUGGGAUUCUGUUGAAGCAAAAACCAGCUCCAAAGUAUAAAACCUGCAUGUGCACUCAGUGUCUGUGUUUACAUGUGUGCGUGUCUGUCGUCUUUACAUUUCUCUGCUUUGUUUACGGUUGUUUUCAUUUUUUUCUUAGUUUUUCUAAAGAAGAAUCCAUUGCCCAAAGACAAACGUGCAUCAGUCUCAUGGAGCCCCAUCAUGAUGUUUUAUUGUGCU